AUGAUCUCCCCAAGGUCCUUUACCUACUCGCGUGGCCCUCACUCUCCUCGCUCCCCUUCUUCCCCAUCUCCUACCUCCCUCUCCUCCUCGCCGUCCUCGCCUCUCGCAUCACCCCUCUCGUCACCCCUCUCGUCACCCCUCUCGUCGCCCCUCUCGUCACCCCCGACCACCGACUACUCGUCACCUCUCGCUUACCGAUUCCGAGACGACGACCGCCGCCGUCAGCGCCCCAAGGCUCCCACCGCUACCCCCACCGCCACGACGACGACAGCAACUGCCAUCUCGUCCGAUAAGACGUCUCCUUGGUCCGUAGCCAGAGGUGCUCUUACGAGUACGCAUCAUGACCGUCGCCCAGACCAGCCGUCUACCAUCAGCAGCACGACAGCAGCCAUCUUCUCCCUCUCUCCCUCUCCCGGCAACAGCACCGCCGUCUCGGUCGUAGGCGUCACGGGGAAACGCAGAGAGAGGCUCGGCAGCAUGGGUCUCCCGUCGCCCAUCAGCCCGCCCUGCGAAAAGGAACUCGGUGCCGGCAUCCAGCGGCCGGCCACGCAUUCGAGCCCCGUCCAGAUCCCCAGCUCCGGGAACCGUCCCAGUGCUCACCACGCUCAGAACCGCCGUCCCGUGCGCCGUCACGGGGCCAGGCGCCCCCAGCCCGGCAACGAUGACCUGUCACCUUCCGUCGCCGCUCUCCUGGCCCUCACCGACAUCCCUCGUCACGGCUCCCAGCGCCGCCGUCCCCGGGGUGGGAGCGACAGACCGCUCACCGUCGACCAGGUCAUCGACAGCCAGAAUGUCUCGGAGAAGGAGCUGAGCCGCCAUCUGAGCUCCGGGCUCAUGGGCGUGCUGCUCUCCCCUCCGGACGAGUACGCGCCAGACGACGACGUCGGCGUCGGCGAGUGCAACAUUGGCUCCGCCCUGUCGACCAGGACCGUCUCGGUCGACUCCAUCCCGUCGCUGAGCGAGUCGUUCGCCACCGAGGGCGUCUCCUCCCUCGAGACUCCCGCCGGCCUGAGCUCGUCGCCGUCGCCGUCGCCGUCGCCGUCGCCGUCGUUCCGUCGCCGGAGACACAGUCCCAUGCGCAGGUCCCUCGAGCCCGUCACCUCGCCGCCGGGGACCGACCACGUCGAGCACCCUCUGGCCAGGAAGCUGCACUGUGCCGGCCGCGACGACGAGGACGCCGUCGACGACGAUGACGAGGACGCCAUCGCCUCGCAGACGUCGCACAGCGGCUCCGAGACCGUCUCCUUCUUCAUCCAGCAGUUCAAGCCGCUCAGGUACGCCUUCAGGUCCAACCUGACAGCCUCGUUCCGCGCCCUGCGAUCCGCCGCCAGGUCCUUCUCGAGCAUCAACAUGUCGCCCAUCCCCCCCGACCACCUGCUGGCGCGCUCCCUCCUCACCAUCGACCCCGACGUGCCCUACGCCGACGAGCGCCGCCCGCCGGUCACGGAGGAGAUACCGUCGGCCGAGCUGCGCCGCUACCUCAACCCCACGUCCACCUCGCGCAUCGAGUCACAGUCCGCCACACCUUCGCCGUCGCCCCCGACCGCCUCCGCGUCUGCGGCCAAGCCGGCCGGGUCCUACUCGGCCUCCAUCCAGAUGCAGACGUACAAGGUGCGCCGCUCCAGCUCCAGCUCGGCCUCCGCGCCGCAGCAGCGGUCCUCGCCCUCGUCGCCACCGACCGCGGCCACGUCGACGUCGUCACAGGAGCCCCGCGCGCUGGCCCCCCCGGCCAUGCGCCAGCGGGAGGUGCGUGAGAAUUCCGACUUCAUCCGCAUCGCCGUCAUGGAGAUGGCCAUGCGCAGACGCGGAAAGCUCGACGACCAACGCCCCGGACGCGCCCGCUGGGCCCUCCCGCCUCGGAAGACGUCCACGGCUCCCUACGAGAUCGGUCCCAACGGUGUGCCUGCGCGGUGGAGAUCGAUCCGCCCCUAG